CUCAUUUUCUUCCGCGUCGAUAUUAUCCGCACCCGUUUCCGCUCCGUCGCUUCCGUCGCCUCAUCUAGGGUUUACUUCUUCUCUUGGCGCCGCGUCACCGGCGAGGUUGUGCGAGUCUCCGGCGAGCAAGGUGGUGUGCUGCACCAGCGAAUCGAGCAUCAGAGAGAUGGGACACGACGCCAUGGCCAGCGAUGCGUCCUCCCCAGCCUACGCGGCAGUGGCGCGCGACCCGAAGAAGAAGCGGGGGAACCGGUCGGCGAAGCUGAAGCAGAGCAAGCUCGACGUGCGCCGGGAGCAGUGGCUGUCGCAAGUGAAGGAUGCGAAGGAGGUGAAGGCCGUGUCUUCCCCAGCAGCAGCAGGGGCCAACUCUGGGUCACCGAUCCUUGCCUCUCCACACCCUCCCCUUCCUCGCCGGCGCGCAGAGACACAGACCCGGACAGAGGAGCCAGAGCAGAACAAGGAGGAAGCUGAUGUUGCUAACCAGGAGGCUGGUAGUAGUGAUGCUGACUCCCCGAUGCACAGCCCUGUUUUCUACAACUCCACUGGUCGUUGCAUGCAGCAGAAGCAUUGCUCUGGAAGUGGUGGCAUCCAUAGCCUCAGCAGUGGUAGCAGUGCAUGGUCCAGCUCUCGGAGUGUGAGUGACGCGGAAGAUGAGGGAACUGGUGGUGGCACUAAGGAGAAGGAGGAGGAGGAGGAUGUUCUAGAUGAUUGGGAGGCAGUUGCGGAUGCCCUAUCAUUUGAUAACAACAACAAUCACCAGGAUUUAGGUCCAGAGGCACCACCAGCUGCACCUGUGGUUUCCCCGGAGCCUGCUCGUGCAUCAACAAGGCCAGAAUCAAUCAAGAGCCAGACAAGAGCUUGGAGCCCAGAUGAUGUUUUCCGCCCACAUACUUUGCCCAGUCUCUCUAAGCAGGUCAGCUUCCCAUCUAGCAUGGGCAACUGCUGGGUUGGAAUGGGGAUAGGGGCCGCACAGAAGAGUAUCAUCUCAUUCCAGAUGUCCUGCCCUAUAUGCUAUGAGGACCUUGAUCCAACGGAUUCUAGUUUCCUCCCGUGCCCCUGUGGAUUUCAUCUCUGUCUAUUCUGCCACAAGAGGAUUCUUGAGGCGGAUGCACGUUGCCCUGGGUGCAGGAAUCAGUACAAGUCAACGCCCUUAGGUGGAGAAGCUGGACGAGAGAUAGAGAAUUUAGUGCAGAUGCGCCUGUCCCGUUCUUGUAGUAUGGGGCCACGCUACUAGAUCUGCAGAUUAUGGCCUAGUUAAGUGUCAAUAGUUCCUUCUCUUUGCAUGGUACUGUUGUGUAUGCUACUUAUGUUGUUUGGUUUUCUCAUAUAAAGAAAUGUGAAUAUCAGCAUAGGUGUUGAAUCUCAAUAGAAUGUUUUCUAGAUAUGAUGCAUAUUUUACUGAGAGGACACCUGUUGUUUAUGUUUUGGGAGUUCAAUACAGCUAAAUAAGGUGUUUGCCGUUUUACUUCUUA